AUGUAUAUCAGUUCGUGGCACUCACACAAUUCAGAAUAUGUUCGUCAUCUCGCUAUUUCGGGUUUGAACUUUCUUGAUAUGCGUGCGGAGUUCUGGCAGCAGCAGAAGCCUGUGUACGCCAGGAAUCGUGCUCCUUCAAAGCAUCCCGAUGAGUUUCAAGAAGAAAAGUUGCAAAUUGUCGACUCAAAACGAACAGGCUCAAUAAUGAGACACAUUGUAUGCACUUUGGAGGAAAUCGAUGAAAGUAAGUCAUAUAAACGACUUAAAUACAUAAGUUUAGAAGUAUUUAAGAAUGUAUAG